AUGGCCCUGCUGCAGUCGCUGCGGCGCUUCUUGGGUCUGACGGCGCCAUCGAUCCGGGCGAGGUCCAUCGAUACCAACUUCGCCGUCUUCCGCGAAGGAGACCGGGUGCUGGUGCAUUCCAAGAACCCGCAGUUGACCAAACCCUUGCGCCAGGGCGACAAGACCCAUCUGCGACGCGGACAUCUGGAUCAUGAUCGGGUCAUUGGGAACCCGGUCUGGGGUGCGGUACAGGCGCACAGAGGCCCGGAGACUCGACUCAGUCUCCCGACGUUGGAGGAAUACGUCGCCCUGACACCGCGCAUGGUCACCCCGAUCUAUGCGCAGGACGCCAGUCUGAUUGUGUCGCUUCUCGACAUCCACGUCGAGUCGCCCGCGGACCGCGCGACCCAACCGCCCUUGGAGAUCCUCGAGGCCGGCACCGGCCACGGAUCCUUGACUUUACACCUGGCGCGAGCCAUCCAAGCCGCCAAUCCCAUCCCCCCGCCGCGACCGACGCGAUCCCAAAUACAAUUCUUGGAGGACCGGCCCCGGCGGCCCGGCGAGGAUGGUUCGGACGAGCAAGCAGCCGACACGGAGUCGGCUGGCAUCACCCCAGUCCAACAGCAGUGGGAUACUUGGCGGGCCCAGCGCAAUGCUGUCAUCCACACGGUGGACGUGUCGGCCAAGUUCUCGGCCCUGGCCGAAAAGAACGUCCAGGGCUUCCGCCGCGGCAUCUACGCGGGCAAUGUGGAUUUCUACGUGGGCCACGUCGAGAACUGGAUUGCGCAACAGACCAAGCAGCGAACAAAGACCGGGAUCCUGAAUUCAUUGACCGGCGCGACCGCGGUUGAUCCGUUCCUGUCGUACGCCAUCCUCGACAUGCCGUCGGCGCAUCUGCGCAUCCCCCACGUCGCUCCGGUCCUGAAGCAAAACGGCCUUCUGAUCGUGUUCAUGCCCAGCAUCACUCAGAUUGGCGAGUGCACCGAGUUGAUUCGCAAGCAGCGGCUGCCUUUCGUUCAACAGAGGGUGGUCGAGCUCGGUGCUGGGCUCACCAGUGGCCGGCUGUGGGACGUCCGGUUUGCCGUCAAGAAAUCCGGGGCUGAUCCGGCGUCAUGGGGCGCUUCUUCUGAUGCGGAGGAUGGCGCUGCUGCGGCUGAGCCGGAAGAAGAGCUGCCCAAUGCCAUUGACGGCGCAGUGGAUGCCCCUGAGACCCCGGCCGUGGCAGAAGACGCUGUCUUGGUCUGCCGGCCCAAGGUUGGGGUGCGUACCUUUGGUGGAGGCUUUGUUGGAGUGUGGCGGCGGAUCGAAGACCGGGGAUAG